GUGCCGGAAAGAGCCGAACCGUUUCCGAAAGGAGCCGAAAGCCCUCCGAAGGGGAGCCGAAGGCGGCCAACCCCCUCUCCUUCCGGAGAAACCCGAGGCCUCUCUCCGGAAAAAGCCGAACCGGCGGUUUUUUUUUUCCGGAAAGAGCCGACGCUGUUCGGGAAAGAACUUAGCAGCAGUCGGCGCUUUCCGGAGAGACCCGAGGCGGGGCGGGACUCAUCGAACCCACCCCCUUUCCGGAAGAACCCGAAGCGUCUCCGGAAAGAGCCGAAAGCUCUUCCGGAAAGAGCCGAAGCGGCGGCGGACGACCGCCUCCCCGGAACGAGUCGUUCUUCUUCCCGGAAAAAGCCGAAGCGCUGUUCGGCUCCCGCCCGAGCCCUCUCCGAAAAACCCCGAAGCGUCUCCGAAUCCCCCGCCCCCUUCCGGAGAGCCCCGAAGCUCCUUCCGGAGAGUCCCGAAGCAUUUCCGGAAGUUGCCGAGCGGCGCCGGUCGUCGCCGAUCCUCCGUCGCCUCAGAACCUCCGUCGUUCUCCGGCUCCCCCGCCGUCCGCCCCCCCUUUUCCCCGCCGGGGGGGGGCCCAGCCCGGCUCCCGCCGCCGCCGGGCCCGGUCCGGCCCCCUCCCCGCCGGCCCCCGGCCCGGUUCGGCCCGGCAGGAUGAUCAAGCUCUUCUCGCUGAAGCAACAGAAGAAGGAGGAGGAAUCGGCGGGCGGCACCAAGGGCACCAGCAAAAAGGCCUCGGCCGCCCAGCUCCGCAUCCAGAAAGACAUCAACGAGCUGAACCUGCCCAAGACGUGUGAGAUCGACUUCUCCGACCAGGACGACCUGCUGCACUUCCGCCUCCUCAUCUGCCCUGACGAGGGCUUCUACAAGGGAGGGAAAUUCGUCUUCAGUUUUAAGGUCGGCCAGGGCUACCCCCACGACCCACCGAAGGUGAAGUGUGAGACGAUGGUUUAUCACCCCAACAUCGACCUGGAGGGCAACGUCUGCCUCAACAUCCUCAGAGAGGACUGGAAGCCCGUCCUGACGAUAAACUCCAUCAUCUACGGCCUGCAGUACCUCUUCCUGGAGCCGAACCCCGAGGACCCCCUGAACAAGGAGGCGGCGGAGGUGCUGCAGAGCAACCGGCGUCUCUUCGAGCAGAACGUCCAGCGUUCCCUGCGGGGGGGCUACGUGGGGGCCACCUACUUCGAGCGUUGCCUCAAGUAGCCCCACCCUGACCCCCACCCUGACCCCCCCCCCACCCUGACCCCCCCUCCCCCUUUUUCCUUCCCCGCCCCCCCCUAUUUAUUGCCCCCCCCGGGGGCGGGGGGGGCCCCCCCCCUCCUUUUUCUGGCCCCCCCCCCCCCCCCCCCCCCCGAGCUGCUCUUGCGGGUGAUUAAAGGGCGACGGUAACGAG